AUGAGCGCACCACCAUUACCCACCGAUGGAUCGGUGCCGUUGACACCGGAAGGAGAUGCGCCCCAGGCUCAGACGGACUUUGUCUACAGCAAUAGCCAGGCCAACGCAACGAUCGCAUUCGGCGCCAUCAUCACGAUUAUCACAACUGCCUCUGUGAUCGCUCGACUUUACACGCGUUAUUUCAUCACGAAGCAAGUUCGCAUAGAUGAUGCAUGGGCCCUACUCGCUCUGUUCAGCACUAUUGCUGUGAACAUCAUGCAGAGUGUUUUCACAAAAGUGUAUCUACCUACCAUGCUGGCCAUGGUCACAGCCAGUAACGAAGGGUCAAAAAUCCCUUAUGCCGUCGGGAUCACAUACAACAUUGCCAUGGCCGCCUUGAAGAUGACUUUCCUAUUUCAGUUCUAUCACAUCUUCCGGAACGUGCGCAUCAUGAGAAGAGUAUAUGUUGGCGCCAUCAUCUUUGUCGCCGCUUGGACAUUGGCACAGAUCUUGCUCCAGAUCCUGAUCUGCUUGCCGAUAGAAGCCAACUGGGAUCACAGUGUGCGAAAUGCCAAGUGUCUUCCGAGCGUGCUGUCGACGUACUUCAAUGCGACAGGAACAUUGGUCACCGAUGUCAUUGUUCUCUUCUUGCCUCUUCCUACUCUUUGGAGCUUGAAGCUGAACAGCAGUCAACGUUGGGCAGCAUUGGGCGUGUUCGGCAUUGGCGCAUUAGUUCCCAUUAUGUCGGCUGGUCGUAUCUGGAGUUUGACACACGCGCCGCCGAAAGGGUACAUGAGUACAGCGUGUUGGACGAUCGCGGAGCUGGGAGUUGGCGUCACCACGGCAUCUCUAGCGACCAUCCGUCAGCUUCUGGAUCGAAAAGUGAACGAACUAUUCCAAAGACACCAAGAGAUGGCUCGGCGACAGUCUGCCAUGGUGACCGUCGGGUCGCAGACGAAUACGGCACAACAGUUCAACACUCGGUCUAACGGCAGCGAAGUCGAUUUAAUACACGGCAGAUGGCCUCACACAGGAACAAACAGCGCUCUCAGCAAUCAUGGAUCCCCGAGAUCAACAAGUUCUUUGAGCAAGGUCUUUGAGGUAUUCACUAAGGAGAAGUUCCUUCGAAGCUCAACGGGCGGUAGUCAAGGUGACCAGUCGGGGUUGAAUCUGCAAAAUGGUGCGACAAGCACUAUGGUUACGACGUCUCGCAAUCACAGUAUCUCUAUGUCUGAAGGAGCCGCUAAUUUCUUGGGCGAAUUUGGCAUUCUAGUAGAGAGAACUUGGGAGGUCGAAGAGAUCCGCAUGGAAUAG